UCAAUGAAACUGCCUCCAUUCUGUUCCAGCAGUAUCACAGCCACCAAGCAGCUCAGGCUUGUAAAAAAAAAAAAACGUUUAGUUGAGCAGAACAGGAGAGCUGCUUGGGUUCAGGCUCAAUCUGCAUGCAACGGUAUAUCUGACUCCCUUAGUACUGUAGAGCUGGUUUUGUAUUCCUGUACAAAAUCAUUUUUGGAACGGACUGGUCUUCCUGGGACGGCAGGGGCACGCUAUAUAAUGUGGAUGAAGCAUUAGGGAGAGAGAUCUAUUUAGUCUUUCUAACAUGAUUUUCUCAGCCCCCGUCAUUGCCCUUGGAGCCACUUUGGGGACGGCAUCAGGCAUCCUUGCCAUCUGUGGACUCUCGCUCCUCUGCAAGUCUUGCAAAAUUGGAAUCUCUGAAAAAGACCAGGAAUCGGAUUCAGAAAAGACCCAACCCAGUGUGGUUCAUUCUGCACAGCAGUUCAGCGUUAAGAAGUCCACAGAGCCCAUCCAGCCCAGGACUCUGUUAACGUUUCCCAGAAUCUACACGCCCAAACCCUCGGUGACAUCACCGGAGCUGAUCAACUCCACCGACUGCACCUUGGAAACAACAGAGGAGCCUGCAGCUGAAAACACUGCGGAGCCUGACGACGGUUGCCUAGCAACCGACGACUCUGAUGAGGUCUUUAUCUUCCCCAGACAAGAUUCCAAAGAAGCCCUUGCCGUCUCCGAGGACAGGAAAAAAAACGUUGUCAGUAGCACAGCCCCAAACCCGAAGCUACACUUCUCUCUCCGGUACAACACCCAGACAUUAGAGCUGCAUGUGACAGUCAUCGAAGCUGAGAAUGUUAGCACAAAGCAAGGCCGCGAUUGCUACCUCACUGGACACCUGAUCACCAAGUCUGGAAGGAGGGAGGCCCUGACGUCAAUCCGCCGCGUGAAGCCCCACCUGCUGUGGGAGGAGACCCUGGUGUUUCCGCUGCCAGAGGGCUAUGGGAUCGAGGGAGAGAUCGCCCUGUCCCUCUUCAACUGUGACAAGUUCUCCCGACACACCAAUACAGGAGUGAUGAGGUUCAAACUGGCCGACGUGGGCAUGCUGUCAGACGCAGACUGCUGGGUGGACCUGCAGCCUCUCAAACAGGAUCCUGCCGUUUCCGUGGGCGAGAUUCUCCUCUCCAUCAGUUACCUCCCGGCUGCAAACAGACUGGGUGUUGUGGUCAUGAAAGCGAGGAGCUUGCAGUCAGACAAGCUGAAGGAUGUGAUCGAUUUGUCUGUGAAGCUGGCUUUAAAGCAUCAGUCCACGAAGCUGAAGAAAAAGCAGACAAGGAGGGUGAAGCACAAGAUGAACCCUGUGUGGAACGAGAUGAUGAUGUUCGAGGUUCCCCACGAGCUGCUGUCCCAGUCCAGCCUGGAUCUGGAGGUGCUGAACCAGACCUGUGUGGGGGACGUCCAGUCACUGGGGCGCUGUGCUGUCGGGAUGCAGUCGACAGGUACCGGGCUCCAGCACUGGCAGCAAAUGCUGAAUAACCCCAGGAAACAGCUUGCCAUGUGGCACCCUCUGUAUGAGUGAGCUCACCCAGGAAGAGCCCCAGCAGAGACUCACACUACUGCAAAACCACAAUGAAGAUUCAUAGCAGUAGGGGUUUACACCAGACAUAAUAUCAUUCACAUGCUCCCAAAUCAAAAUACAAACACCAAUAAUAAUCCCCAUACCUGUCACCUAUUCAUCUAUAUGCAUACAUA